AUGGAGGGCCUACCACCUGUUACGCCGGGGGUGGCGCCACGGACAUCCCUAGUCAGCAUGUUCCGAAAGAACGGCAGGCCAACCUCCUGUGAACCAUGUCGUAUCUCCAAGGUCAGAUGUGAUCAUGUAACACCCAUCUGCCAGCGAUGCGAGAAGCGAGGGAUUGCUGAUAAGUGCUAUUACCAUGAGGCGCCUUUGACUCGGGCUGGUCCAAGAAAUCGUAAUAGAGUCACCAAGUCAUCUAGUCUAUCCGGGACAGACGCUGUGAGCCGACGCAGCUCUGACAUUAAAAGUGCCCUUCUUAAAUACCCUACGCCCUCCGAUGGAAAAGCGGAUGGCGGCACAACUAUUCAGAACGCCUAUCUUGGUUCAACCAGCUUCCUGUCUGUUUUCCAAGAAACCCCUUCGGGAUUCUCCAGCUGCUCUGUUCUAUCGCCCCAAGUGGACCUGGGACAAUGGGGUUACGAUGCUGCUUAUACAGAGCUCAACUUGGCCCGGCUCCUUUCCGCGUUUGACUUGUAUGAAAAGCUGAUCAUAUCGUUUUAUGAAAAAUAUCACCUCACCAUCAUUCCCAUGCAGUUAGUGCUUACUCCUCUCAGGGCCACCAAGGCCUAUUUGGAAACUGGAGGGUGGCUUCAAGAGUCGCGUCAGCGUGAGCUCUACGCCAAAAUCACCCAAAGCACCGCUCGUCCACUCCAAAUCCAAAUUUCUGGCACCUCAUCACUGGAAGACUUCAGUGCCUUAUUUUCUGGGGAGAAUUUGAGAUGGGAAUUUGUUGGGGUAAUUUAUUCACUAGCAGGGCUGAGUGCCAUCUCAGAUCACCUCCUCACGCCCGUGCCUUGGUCUUAUAAUGAGGAGGUUCAGGACAAAGAAGCGUUUGCUAAAGAGAUGGCUGCAGCAUGCCACCACGUAUACGCAGUCAUGGGCGACUUGGUCACUGAUAUAUACGGAAUGGGCCUUCACCGAUAUAAAACUCCAGAUUCAGACGUCCCCUUCUUUCUUUCGGAAGUCCGCAAGAGAUUGGUUGCUGCCACGUACCGAACGGAUAAAAACUUAGCAACGUUUCUGGGCCGGCCACCGCGUCUCCCUUAUCACUAUUGUGAUGCCGCUUUACCCCUGGAUAUUGGGGAUGAAGACCUUUUCCUUCAAGGUGAGGAGCUUCAAGCAGUCCUUAGGAAGCUAACACACGACGGAUGGGGCUCUGAGGGAACCUCGAAUGGCAAAAUCCGGCCUGUAACCGCCAUUAGGAUGCGUUAUUUCUCCUCAAUUUUUCGAGAGAAAGUCCUGAGGCUGUCCCUUGGACGAAAAGGGGAAACUUUCACGCACGACCUCCAAGAAACUUAUCAGGAAUGCAAGCGGAUGUUGGACGGAGUUCCUGGAUGGUUUCACUACCGUACAGACUGCUGGGAAACACUCGAUUCGGUCACAUGCAUUGUUGAGCGCAUUCGAUGCCGGGAGAAACAGGGCUCCGUAAGGGAUCUUCUUGAUAGCUCAAUGCAGGCUGUUUCCGCUGUGAUAGAUUUCACGAAACAAGGGGAGAAGAAGGGUAAUAAGGUUUGGAAAGAUUUUGCUUGGGUGUUCCUACUAUAUGCUCUGCCGACUGCGGGUGUUCUCGCAAUUGAACUUCAUAGAUGCACAGUCACGGAGACCCCUCUUUCAUCCACUGCGCCUCGGUCUGAGGUUAUUCGCAACCUAAGCACCAUUGUUUCAUGGUUUGAGUGCACCGACCUCCCAGUUAAUGCUACUCAUAACACCUGUGUGGAGGUUAGUAAGGCUAUCAACAAACUCCUGGACGAUACUUUAAACUAUCAGCCCGGUACCGGCCAGCGCCGAAUAGGGGGUGACCAUCGAGUCGCAGAACUCGCCAUCUCCUCUGAGAUGCCUCCUGGAGUAGAUACGGAUACUGUCAUGAAAAACACUAAGCCUUAUGACUUGGGGGUCCCGAUGUUACACCCUGAGCCGUUUGGUAGUGAUCUGACCAAUGGCAUAUCAAUUGGGACGGGAGAAAGCUUUCUCACCUGGCUUGAUGGACUGGGGAUGGACACGUCUAUUCCAGAGUUUCUGCUAUGA